GUGAGGGCCAGGCUGCGGCUCUUCCCAGCGCCCUCAGCUGCCCAAAAAUCUGCUCCGGGCCAGGAUCUGUGGGAAGAGAGGCGGAAAAGCGCUGCCGGCGCCAGAACCUGCCCUUCCCUUUCCCUCCCAGGGACGUCGAGCCCCGAUGCGCCCUAAAACCCCAAAGCCGAGCUGAACAACCACGGAGCGGGGCUCGAACCCGUGCCAGCUCCUUCACCCCUUCCCACAUGGAUCCACGCGGGAUUCCUGCCCUUCCCACAUGGAUCCACGCGGGAUUCCUGCCCUUCCCACAUGGAUCCACGCGGGAUUCCUGCCCUUCCCACAUGGAUCCACGCGGGAUUCCUGCCCUUCCCACAUGGAUCCACGCGGGAUUCCUGCCCUUCCCACAUGGAUCCACGCAGGAUUCCUGCCCUUCCCACAUGGAUCCACGCGAGAUUCCUGCCCCUUCACCCAUUCCCACACGGAUCCAGGCAGGAUUCCUGCCCUUCCCACAUGGAUCCACGUGGGAUUCCUGCCCAUCCCUGCUCCCUGUGGGAUUCCUGCCCUUCCCACAUUGAUCCACGCGGGAUUCCUGCCCCUUCACCCAUUCCCACAUGGAUCCUUGUGGGAUUCCUGCCCAUCCCUGCUCCCUGUGGGAUUCCUGCUUCUUCCCACAUGGAUCCACGCAGGAUUCCUGCCCCUUCCCACAUGGAUCCACGUGGGAUUCCUGCCCCUUCACCCAUUCCCACAUGGAUCCACGCAGGAUUCCCGCCCAUCCCCGAUUCCUGCCCUUCCUGCUUCUUCCCACAUGGAUCCACACGGAAUUCCUGCCCCUUCUCCCCUUUCCACAGGGAUCCACACAGGAUUCCUACUCCUUCCCACAUGGAUUUGUGCAGGAUUCCUGCAGAUCCCUGCUCCCUGUGGAAUUCCUGCCCUUCCCACAUGGAUCCACGCAGGAUUCCUGCCCCUUUGCCCACAUGGAUCUGUGUGAGAUUCCUGCCCAUCCCUGCUCCCUGUGGAAUUCCUGCCCCUUCCCACAUGGAUCCGUGCGAGAUUCCUGCCCAUCCCUGCUCCAUGUGGGAUUCCUGCCCUUCCCACACAGAUCCACGCAGGAUUCCUGCCCUUCCCACAUGGAUCCCUGUGGGAUUCCUGCCCAUCCCUGAUCCACGUGGGAUUCCUGCCCCUUCACCCAUUCCCACAUGGAUCCACAUGGGAUUCCUGCCCGUCCCUCAUUCCUGUGGAAUUCCUACCCCUUCCCACACAGAUCCCUGUGAGAUUCCUGCCCAUUCCUCCUCCCUGUGGGAUUCCUGCCCCUUCCCACAUGGAUCUGUGUGAAAUUCCUGCCCAUUCCUGCUCCCUCUGGAAUUCCUGCCCCUUCCCACAUGGAUCCCUGUGGGAUUCCUGCCCAUCCCUGAUCCAUGUGAGAUUUCUGCCCUUCCCACAUGGAUCCCUGUGGGAUUCCUGCCCAUUCCUGCUCCCUCUGGAAUUCCUGCCCUUUCCCACAUGGAUCCACAUGGGAUUCCUGCCCUUGCCACACGGAUCCCUGUGGAAUUCCUGCCUGUCCCUGCUCCAUGUGGGAUUCCUGCCCUUGCCACACGGAUCCCUGUGGAAUUCCUGCCCAAACCCGUGCCAGCAGGUGGGAGGCCCUGGCAGCACCACCCCAAUCCUGCCAUUCCAGCCCAUCCCAGACAUCUCUUCCCUGCCCCAGAAACCUGCCGGGACAAACAGGAUGCCACAGAGGCUGCUUCAUCCCAGGGAAGAAAAAAAAAAAAACACGGAAAAAUCGGCGUGGGAUCCGACGCCUCGCGGCGGGGAAAAUGCUCCACCCCAAAAAUCAAAGCAAACAAGGCAAGAUUUGGGUGAGUCACCAGAAAAUUCCAGGCAGGGAGGGCUCAGGGAAGGGGAGCAGGGACUGGGAUUAUUUGGGAUGGAUCCAGGAGCCCCUUCCCAGGUCUGGGAUCCUGGGAAUAUCCAGGAUUAAUUAGGCACUAAUGAAGUUUGUCCUUCCAGCUGCAUCCAGCCACAAUUAAAGA